UACACAUGGGGUUGAAUUAGCUGAAUACGUCACAAAAGCCAUAAAUAAUUGAAUUGAAUUGGGUGUGCAAAAUUGAGAUGGAUAUUGAAUCGUUGAAGAAAUUCUUGGAGAAAGAAGGAGGAAGCUAUGAAACCUCAGUGGAUUCCAUGCCUUCAAGAUUUAUUGAACCCUUUGUAUGCCAUGGGAUAAAGGUUGACCUUGUUGAGCCGGGUCGGAUUCUCUGUUCAUUCAAAGUCCCUCUUCGUCUAGUGAAUGCCGGUAAUUUUCUACAUGGUGGAGCUACGGCGACUCUGGUGGAUAUUAUGGGUUCUGCUGUUGUUCAUACUGUAGGUGCGCCAUUGACUGGUGUAUCACUUGAGAUCAGCGUUUCAUAUUUGGAUGCUGCUUAUCUCGGAGCUCUAUGUUGUCUUUCGUUUUCACCUCAGAAAUGUGCUAAGAUGUUGGAAGUUAUUAUCUUAUUCCAGACAUGACCUUAGACGGGAGGGUCUUCUAUGUGGAGUUAACGGAUUAGGAUGGAAGGUUAUUAGGUGGUUGAGUGUUGUCUUGCUUAUACUUCCAUACGUUGUAGUAUUUCCCCUGUAGUUUGUUGUCCUUUGAUUUUUGAUACUGUGUAUUGAAUAAUCACGCGAUUCUGUUGCAGUUGCUGUUUCAUUUUUUCAGUAUGCUUUUUAUAGUAUUUUCGUUAUUUCUUUUUUGAUUUGCUUUGAUAUGUUUUCCUUGAGUCAAUGGUCUAUCUGAAACAAAUACUCCAACUCUUGAAUAGGAAUAAGAUCUAUGUAUACUCUAUCCUCCCCAAACCCCACUUGUGGAAUUGAUCACAUUGAGUUUGUUGUUGUUGUUGUUUGCGUAGUAAUAGGUCUCACUGAAAAUUUUCUCAGAGAAGAAAAGCUAACUAGUAAAAGAGAGAGCCUUAUAGGAAAAAUGGGUAUAUUUUGCACCAAUGUUAUGGUUAUCUUUCACGAUAAUCAUAAGAAGGAUGAAAUUUUAAACGGCAUUAUAGUGUUGUUAUGAAAGAAUUACGGCCCUUAUUUCAUGUGGAGGUCUUUGAUGUUAUAUACAGUUCUAUUUGCAUAGCUUCUUGAACUGCAUUUAGUAUAGUUAGCAGAGUACAACUUCGUUAUGAUCAGAACUUAAUUAAUCAGAAUGUUCUUGAAGCUCACUUUGAAGUCUUAUGCAAUAAGUGUGUUCUGGUUUAAGCAAUGCCACAAAAUUUAGCUUAUAAAUGCUACUCUAGUAUGUCAGAGCAACAUUGGCCUUCUUCAUUCACCAACCUCCAGCAAUGCAACAUUUUUGGGAUACACAUGGAUGGCUUUUACAUCUAUAAGAUAAACAUGUGCAAUAGCAUGGACUUCAUCAAUAGUCAGUUUAACAAUUCGACCAGUUUGAUAUAGAAGCUUUCCCUUUAAUCUUCUUGUAGAAUGUUAAUGCUAUCUUCAAGGGAAGAAUCUCUUGGCGAUAAAGAAUAAGGAAUUAGAAUAAAAUGUAUUUUCAUUCACAAUUAGACAGUAUAGAGAAUUUUAUCUUGUUA